UACUGAUUGGCCGUUUGUAUUAUGCUCGUUCUAUUUCGAAACCUCUAUCCUCUUCAUGUGACAGAGCCCUCAUUGUUAUCAAUUUUUCGAAACUCAAAUAACGUGUCUACUAUUUAUAAAAGAAUUUACAUCUCUAUUAUCAUUAAUCAAAUUUAAAAUAAAACCAGUGAACAUUCACAACUUGGUAGUAUAUAUAUUAUUUUAAUUUAAAAUUCUUUAAAAUUUAAAGAAUGUACAAAUUGUUAUUAUAUACUUGACACAAACAUAUAGAAAGUUAUUGAUAUUAUGUAAAAGAUAAAUUCAUUUAAAAUCUAUGUUAAUAAAAGUUUCAAAUACCAAAUUUUUUUUAAAUGGAAAAGAUGCUGGACUUGGCUCGUUCCCUUAAAUGCACUGAAAUAAUAAAUGUAAGAAAAGAACUCACAGAAAAGAGCACAAAUCGGCCUUUCAAAUAUCUUUUAGUAAUAGACUUUGAAGCUACAUGCUGGAAUAGAAAUGAUCCUGAUAGGGGAUACAGUGAGAUUAUAGAAUUCCCAUGCAUUUUAUACAGUGUAGAAGGAAAUAAAAUAAUAUCUUAUUUUCAACAAUAUGUUAUGCCAAUAGAGAAUACGAAGUUGAGCAAAUUUUGCACAGAAUUAACUGGAAUUUCUCAACAAACAGUUGAUAAUGGUGUUCCACUAAAAACUUGUAUGAUGUUAUUUCUAAAGUGGUUGGAACAUAUAAGAAAUAAAUACAAUGUUUCAAUUGGUAAAUUUGUGCCCAACAAUUGCAUCUUUGCUACUUGGUCAGAUUGGGAUAUACGAAAUUGUUUGAAAAAUGAAUGUAGACGAAAACAAAUUGUUCUACCAGAAAUAUUUACUAAAUGGAUAGACAUUAGAGCUUUAUACACAAAACACUAUAUGAGAAGGCCAAAAGGUUUACUUGGUGCAUUAGGAGAACUUGGAUUAGAAUUUGAGGGAAGACAACAUUGUGGACUAGAUGAUGCGAAGAAUACUGCUAAAUUAGUUGGAAGAAUGGUCAGUGAAGGAGUAAUUUUGAAAUGUACCAGUUGUUUGUAAGUGUAAUAGAUCAUUAACAUUUUUCUAAUAUAAAAUUGGAAUAAUUUGAA